GCAGACUGAACUGUCAGCCACGUCGACUCCUCUGAAGCAACUUUCGUCCGAGACUUUACGCGGACACAGCGGAGCUAAUGAGUCUGUUUAUCUGAUAUAAGAUUAGAUAACCAGCCGGACAGACUCAGAGCUUCUGUGCAGCUUUAUUAUCUCUUUAUUAUCUCUUUAUUAUCUCUUUAUUAUCUCGUCUUGUCUCUGAGCUCGCCGUUGGUUGUUGGGCUGAACAUCUCUGCCCAGUCUCUGGAGGACGUGCAGGGCCUGUCAGGAGCUUAACUUAGUUGUUUGUCGGAAUAUUAAACAACAUGAACGUGUUUCGUCUGGCCGGUGACGUGUCACAUCUGCUGGCUAUCAUCAUCCUGUUACUGAAGAUAUGGAAGUCCAAAUCCUGUGCUGGCAUCUCCGGGAAGUCUCAGGUGCUGUUUGCACUUGUCUUCACCACCAGGUACCUUGACUUGUUCACCGUCUUCAUCUCUGCUUACAACACGAUCAUGAAGAUGGUGUUCCUGUCUCUGGCCUAUGCUACUGUGUACCUGAUCUACAUGCGCUUCAGGAACACGUAUGACUCUGAGAACGACACGUUCCGCGUGGAGUUCCUGUUGGUGCCGGUCAUCGGGCUGUCCUUCCUAGAAAACUACGCCUUCACCCCACUGGAGAUCCUGUGGACCUUCUCCAUCUUCCUGGAGUCGGUGGCCAUAAUGCCGCAGCUCUUCCUGAUCACCAAGACGGGCGAGGCCGAGUCCAUCACCACCCACUACCUGUUCUUCCUCGGCCUCUACAGAGCCCUCUACAUAGCCAACUGGGUGUGGCGUUACCACACCGAGGGCUUCAUUGACCAGAUCGCCGUGGUGUCCGGCGUCGUGCAGACCAUUUUCUACUGCGAUUUCUUCUACCUUUACUUCACAAGGGUGCUUCGAGGGAGAGGAAAGAUGAGCCUGCCGAUGCCCAUUUAAACCAGCGUCUGUGCCGUUCAGCCACCGAUCCGUGCCCGAUGCAGCUCCGCAUCUGAGCACAGACCAGCUGUACGUGUUUUUAGCAAUGGGACUAAUGGUCUGAUGUCAUUCUGUAGACUCAAAUUGUGCGGACUUGAUUUUUGGCUGUCAUUGAUACUUUGUUUUACGAGUCUGUUUGCAUACAUGCACUGUUGUGGUCAGAAGUUUGGGUCUUAUGUUUGUUUGUUUGUUUUUCUUCAUAAGAUGCAAAUGUGACACUAGAAAUUCUUCCCUGAUGAGCAUGUGGAACUUAAAUUCAAGCGAGCGAGUAACACUAUGGAAACUGUGUAUUACUCUUUGGCUCUGGAGACUGUUGAACAAUGUUCAAUCCACAAAACUGUACUUCAGGUAGAUUGUAUGUAGCUUCUGUGUUUUCAGAGUUAAAGCUGUAAAAGCUCCCAGAGUUUCAUGUCAAAGCUUUCUACACUUCCAGUCACCGCCACGUUUGGCAAACUUGGUCUUUCCUUGUGAUUUACAGUAAUGACAAAUAUGUUUGUUUUUUCUUUCAAAUUUGUACUGUUCACUCAUUAAGACUAGUUCAUUUUAUUUAUAUAGCCUAUUCACUAAUCACACAUUUUCAUGUAAUGGUUCUGUAAUGUUAGAUACCCCCUGAAUAGCUAACUGCAUUAUAAGCAAUCAAUUUAUUUCCUUAUUGCCAAGUAUGUCCCUUUUUUGUAUUUCCUCUUAAUCACUGUCUUUCAUAUUUCAAUGUUUUUCUUAGUGGGAGGAAAAAAAGGGCUAAACAUUCUGUCUUAAAUGAAACCAAAGAUGAAACAGACAACUGCUGCAAUGUUUUAGUCAAACAAAUGCUGUUGUCUUUCCUGGGUUGGUCCUUUGACCAAACUGCCUUUUUGUGUCAGGGAUAGAAAAAAAAAAAAAAAAUAUAUAUAUAUAUAUAUAUGGGGGAAAUAGCAGUAGAGUGUGUUACACUUCUGUAAAAGAAAAAAAAGUUUUUUACACUUGCAAAUGUUUUAGUACAGUAAGUUGAAUUGCACACAAUUUUUAUGACAUUAUCUUUCAUAUAACAUGUGAAUUCUCUCAACUUAAAGGUGUGGCGAUGUUCUUUGUUACCAUCCACAUGGACUGCAACACACCAGGAUGUUUACCUUUCUGUAGGGCGCACACACACACACACACACACACACACACACACA